GGAAAGACGUCCUCAUUCCUCACACACUGCUUAAAUGUCCACCGCUGCCUGCGCCGAGCCACCAGGGGCGCCUCCGCCUCGGCCGCCUCUAAUUCCCUCACUCCCCGACGACGUGGCUUUGAAUAUCUUAGCACGAAUUCCAAGAUGCUACCAUCCAACCCUCUCUUUAGUCUCCAAACAAAUGAGGUCUCUGGUCUCCUCCCCUUCGCUCUACACCGCCCGUUCCCUCCUCCCCUGCACCCAGCAUUUUCUCUACCUCUCCAUCCGCUUUCGGGAGAGCCCUUCUCUCCACUUCUACACUCUCCAUCAAGGCCCAACAAAAAAUCCCAAAAAUACCCUCAUCCCGCUUCCGCCGAUCCCUUCACCUUCCCUCGUGGGCUCCGCUGUCGCCACCGUGGAUCACACGAUCUAUGUCAUCGGCGGUUCCAUCAACGAUGUCCCUUCACCCCGCGUGUGGUCCCUUGAUUGCCGCACUCACGCCUGGGAGCCCACCCCGAGCAUGCGCGUCUCCCGCGAGUUCGCCGCCACUGGAGUCUUCGACGACAAGGUCUACGUCAUCGGGGGCUGCGUGGUCGACUCGUGGGUACGGUCCAAGAACUGGGCAGAGGUUUUUGACCCGAAGUUAGGGGAAUGGAAUUCGGUUCCUAGUCCGAUUGAAACCCGCGAUAAAUGGAUGCACGCCAGUGCUGUUAUCGACGGGAAGAUAUACGCGAUGGCUGAUAGAAACGGUGUGUUUUACGAGGCGAGCAGUGGGUGUUGGGGAGUGGCGGAGUCUGAGCUGGAUUUGGGAUGGAGAGGGAGAGCGUGCGUCAUUGAUGGGGUGUUGUAUUGCUAUGAUUAUUUGGGGAAGAUAAGGGGGUAUGAUGCAAAAGAGGGAGCUUGGAGGGAGUUGAGGGGUGUGGAGAAGGGCUUGCCAAGGUUCUUGUGCGGUGCUACAAUGGCAAAUUUUGGUGGGAAAUUGGUGGUGGUGUGGGAGGGCGUAGAGAGGGGAGGAAGUGGGAGUAAGAAGGAAAUUGAUGUUUGGUGUGCAGAAAUUGAGGUAGAGAAGGGCAAGGGAGGAGAGCUGUGUGGAAAUAUCAAGUGGUGUGAUGUUGUGCUUACUGUUCCUUCUGGCUCGUCUAUUGUGCAUUGCUCGGCAGUUACAUUGUGAGGUUGUGUUUAUUAUGGCUGGUGUUCUGUUGGAGUUAUCUAUCAUAAAGAUGGACGUGGAGGAUUCGGGCUUGGAAACAGCCAGCAAACUUCAGAUCCUAGCCCCAUGACUUUGGUGUUAAGAUGUCAUCUGAUGAAAUCCUGCUGCUUUCUUAUUGAGGAUCCGGAAACAUGUAUCUCCAGAUCUUGGUCAAGCCUACUCACUCAAACCUAUUUAUUAGAAGUUUAUGGUGAUUCUCAUUAUAUGCUUUAUGCAAAAUAAAGGAGUCAGUCAAGUAGUGCUCCUUGUCUCCUUGUACCUGUGUAUGCCCUUUGCAAAUUGUGCUCUUUGCACUGCAAAACUAGCGAGUUACGAGCAACCUUGAAGAAACUUCUCACGUAAGUUGGGGCAUAUUUUAGUUGUACAACUUGUGACAUCCUGAUUUAUGUACC